AUGCAGCUGCCGGGCACGCCGCCGCCGCCGCCGCUCGCCCCGCUAUGGGAUCGCGUGCUGCGGGCGCGCGCGCUGCCGCCCGACCUCGACGUCGACCUGCUCUACGUGGCCAUCAGAGACCGCCUCGUGCAUCCUGAGUGGGAAGUGCGUCUUCAUGCCCUCAGAGUGCUCGCUGAUCUCCUGCCGCUAUCAGGAAACGCUCUCUCCUUCCCAUUCGAUCAAGUCAUCGAUAACUUAGGACAUGGCUCCCCGAACGUAAGGAAGGCCGCCUUAGAUGCUCUUAAAGUUUUCUGCAACUACUGCGAAGAUACAGAAUGUGCCGCUAGUGCAAUUAUAGAUAAAUGCUCUUAUAAUAAUAUCAGACCCCUUUCCUCAGGCUUCGAUACCAAAGUAAAUGUUAUAACAGGCUUAGUUCUAUCGAUUCCGUCUGUGAUGGCUAUCCUUAAACGUAGAAACCCAGGUUUAGAUAUGUUCCCAAUUUUUAAUAUUUUAGGGGAUAAACUAUUUAAUUCCGUACACAGAGAUGUCGCUCUCCGUUCUCUUAUGAAACUUCGAAGAAUUUGUGGACCGCGAGAUUAUAUGUUAGCCUUCUCAAGAUUGGAUCCUAAGGUGCAGGACAAAUUCCGUGUACUCUGCGAUAAAUUCGACGAAGAUUCUCUCGAUGUGUACUACGCUCCAAGAAGAAGUUACGGCAAUCGAGAUUCACAGCAUAUCAAGAUGAAUCACAGUUUUAAUAAUAAUAAUUUCAAAGCCCCUAUUCGCUUCCCCUCCGAUUCUUCGUCAGAAGAAUCUUACGCAAUGCCUUAUUAUACGAACAAUUAUGGAAAAGUUAUAAUAGAGACGGAAAUAAAGUUCGACUCGGAUACAGCUAUCACAAUGACGGUGCUAGAACAAAACGAAACUGAGUCAGAGAAGAACACGGGGAGCGACGACGAUGACAGCAUCGAUCGAAAUAUGUUAAAAUAUAGCGAUGAGGAAUCAGAAGAUUCGGAUGUUGUUGUGAAGAAAGUAAGGUUUGGCGGAGAAAGCAUUAAAAUUCGAACACCUGAUAGCGAUAACAUAACCACUAGUGAAGAAGACAGCAAUCAUAACUCUAUGAUGCGAGAAAAAAGCAUAGAAGUAGUUUUACCGACUACCCCAAAUAUUGUCAAUAAAAUGAACGAAAUCAAACGAGAAACGGUCGAACGAGAGUUUCGAACGAAUCACGUCAAAAAGAGUGCAAUACCUCUUCCUGUAAUUCACAAUCGUAAUCGAAAACAGAACGAUUCGGUUAAUAAUACAAUCAAAUCAAAAUCAAAAUCAUUGAGUGAGUUAUACGAUUAUUUCAACAAGAAAACUGACGUUGAUAAUGCAAAGGUUCGGGAUACAUCUAAAUUCGCGUUGACGUUAUCUGAAGUACGAUCGCCUGAGAAAAUUCCCAGUCCUGUAGAGGCACACAAGGAAGUGGAAGUACUCCACAAUCUUCAGCGAAGCCCAUCGGUUUCUCCAACAAGACAACAAACUAGAGUUCAUAUAGAAAAGGAUGGGUUCGUAUUGAACUUGGUGGCUGCAUCCCCUCCCGAGUCAUUGAUGCUGUCGCCUCGCGCGGCAUCCCCGUUACGCCGCCGCUACGACUGGGAGGACCUGGAUAUUAUGCCGCCACACGUCUGCGAUCAGCUGCAUAAUACGGUUAGUUUAAAAUACUAA